AUCAAGUUGUGAAUAUCAAUGGAAUCAAACAGAAAAUGCUUUGAGCAUUUGAAACAAUGGUCUCUAAAAGAAACUUGAAUAUCGUGCGGCUGCUGGUGCAGCGAGAAUCUGGAUGGGGACAUAAAGCAUUUUUCAAUACUUUUCAUCAAACUGCUUUAGAGCUUGCAGAACAUGGAAUAUUGCAGAGACUGCAAAAGGAGGAUCUAUGUAGAUCUCUAGAUGAUUUAUCGAACGAAACCGAGUCAGUAUUUAACAUCGAGCAGAGCCGUAAUGGACAUUAUGCCGCAACCGUACAGACGAAUAAAAGUGUCAACAUUUUCCAAGUCAGCACAAUGAACAAAAUAGCCGAAUAUCAUACUAAUGAAAGAUCAGUAUGGACGCUGGCGUUCCACCCAGUAAAUUGCAACAUAAUCGCGUUUGGAACACUGGGAGGAAAGGUUUUUGUGUACGUAGAUGGGCAAAAGGCUGCAUGGUUAGAAGAGCAUGCACCAAUAGGUUCUUUAUGCUUUCAUCCUGUCGAUCACUAUCUGGUGCUUACUAGUGGCAAUGAGGUUACCUUUUGGGACUGGCAGAAUGAUACAGUUAUGAACACCGGAACCUAUAACGACUGCAAAUGUCGUUUCCUUCAUAUUACAACUAGUUCUAUUCUAAUAACAGGCAUUUCGCAAACCACUCUAUUUGCAUCGGCGGGUAUAGGUAAAAAUUUGGCUACAGUGGAACCUCAAUAUAUGAUGGCGUCGUUUCUUAGGACUAUUAACUUCAUGCUUGAUUCAUUAGAACGCGGAUGUACUAUAGGGAAUAGUUUUGACUCGGAAUUGAGAAAACAGUUUUACGUUUGGAAUCAUUUGUUAAAAAUAAUAGCUAACAAACGAGAUGAGCCCCACUGCUUUUAUACAGUUGCUCCAGAAGCCAAAUGCAUGAAAUCCUACCUCAAUACUACACUGGUUGUUUUAAAUCGAAGAAUAGACGAUAUUCUAGAAAAUUUGGAAAGGUGUAAAAUGCACAAGUGGCUUUCGUUCACAACGCGUUGUGUCAGCGAUAACAUAAUUGAUAAACACUGCCAUGAGCCUAUGAUGUACUUUGAACGCAUUUGUUCCAAUUAUGUGGAACAAAGAUACAGUGGAUAUAUAAGAUACAUAUUUGACUUAACAUUGGUUAAAAACAUACUACAUAAGAUAUUCAAAUUGUAUUUAAAUUUUGGAUAUCAGACGUCGCUGCUAGAACCGUGGCAGGAAUCGGACGUCCCUAUGGAUAGUUCAAUAAUCUCGCACGAUGCUGAAACAAAAAAUCAGUUCCUCCUCCAAGCAUGGGAUCUAGGUUGUCACCGCGAUGCGAGCGAUUUGCCAGAUUUUAAAGAAGACUGGAAAAAUGUGAUAUCUAUUUGCUCAAUAAACAAUGACUCCAAUGUUUCCAUCUCUCAAUGUGAACUUUUCAUAGCAUCAGUUCGAAUUAAAGCUGUAAAAGAACUAGAGGUACGCAGCUUGGACCGCGCAAACUUUGGUGAAUGCAUGUUUAUAUUUAGGUUCGUAGUAAAUUUUGUGUCUCUUUCAUUUUCGCCAUCUGGCCGAUACCUCGUGGUUGGCUUACGAUGUAAGAAACGACUCAAAUUUGCUUAUAUACUGGAUAAAGACAGUAAAUGGAAAAUUGGAGUUAAUUUCUGUCUCGAUCCCAAUAGUACUGAAAGUCAGGACUCAGCAGCGUCGUCCUCAAAUGAACUAGUUGGCUUAAGGCUGUGUCUUCCAAAGGAAUCAUUUAAUUAUAAGGAAAUCAACUGUAUAAAAUGGGCGGCGCUUCCAGGGUAUGGUCUGCUUAUUGGACUUAAAUCAAAAUUUAUGCAGGUUUGCCGAUAA